AUGGUUUCAAUGAAUAUUUUGUCUGAGAAGAUUGUUUCGCUUCUACAGAGAUGCUCCAACUUUGAAGAGUUUCGGCGAAUCCAUGCCCAAGUAACUGGAACUGGGUUCAUUCAAUGCUUUACCAUUGUUGCUAAAAUGAUGGGAUUUUGCAGUCUCAUGAAUAGGAUGGAUUAUGCAUUAGACGUAUUUGAACAAGUUCAUCAACCAAAUGUAUUUCUUUGGAACACAUUGAUCAGAGGUUAUUCAAUUAGCAACACCCCUCAAGUAGCCAUAACUUUGUACAAACAGUUUCUUGAUAAAGGCUUCUCCCCUGAUAAUUACACAUUUCCCUUUGUGCUUAGAGCUUCUAGGGAGCUUGAGUUUCUCUCUAUGGCACUUCAAACCCAGUGUCAAAUUGUCAAGCAUGGUUUCGAAUGCGAUGUCCAUGUGCAAACUCAAUUGCUCCAAGUGCUUGCAGCUUGUGGUUCUUUGGAUUUGGCUGCCCAAUGCUUUGAUGAAAUGCAAGAGAGAGAUGAGGUUUCAUGGAUUGCCAUGAUUUGCGCCUAUUGCUCAGAGAAAGGCGACAUUAAAGAAGCUGAAAAGCUAUUCAAAGAGAUGCCCAUGAGAGAUAACAUCACUUGGAAUGCGAUGAUUGUUGGGUUUAUCAGGUGGGGAGAUCUAGAAUCAGCACGAAAGCUUUUUAAUCAGAUGUGUUUUAAGGAUGUGGUCUCAUGGAGUGCGCUCAUCAGUGGUUACACUCACAAAGGCUGCUACAAGGAGGCUCUUUCUCUCUUCAAUCGCAUGGUGUUUUCCUCUACCAAACCCAACCACAUAACUCUUGUCAGUGCUAUCUCUUCUUGUGCUCAUUUGGGUUCACUCCAAGCAGGGAUGUGGAUUCAUCAAUACAUAGUGAAGAAUGGCAUGUGCCUUGAUGUAUAUAUGGGAACAACUCUUAUAGAAAUGUAUUCAAACUGUGGAGAAAUUAAGAAUGCAUUGAGAGUUUUUUAUUUAGUAUCCGAACGAGAUAUAUACUUAUGGAAUACAAUGAUAGAAGGUCUAGCAAUGCAUGGGCUAGGGGAUAAGGUCUUGGAGGUGUUCUCAAAGAUGUUAAAACAAGGAAUUAGGCCUAAUGAAAUUUCCUUUGUGGGUAUAAUGACAGCUUGUAGCCACAUGGGUCUUGUAAAACUUGGCCAAGGUUACUUUAACUGCAUGAUUUAUAAGUAUAGAAUAAGGCCAAGAAUUGAACACUAUGGUUGCUUGGUAGAUCUAUUGGGUAGAGCUGGACUUUUGAAUGAGGCCCAAGAGCUUGUUAAAACGAUGCAGACGAAGCCUAAUGCAGUUGUAUGGGGAGCCCUACUUGGUGCAUGCAAAAUGAAGGGGAAUGUUGAGUUGGGGGAGAAGGCUUUCAAAGAGCUUUUGGAGUUGGAACCUGAAAAUAGUGGGAAUUAUGUGCUCAUGUCGAACAUAUAUGCGGCUGCAAAUAGAUGGGAGGAUGUUGAGAGGGUAAGGAAGUUGAUGGAGGAUUUGGGGAUAGAGAGGAGGCAUGGGUGGAGUUCAAUUGAGGUAGGGGGUGUUGUCCAUGAGUUUGUUCAAGGAGGGAAGACAUGGAAGGAUGUUUAUGAUAUGUUAGAUGAGUUGGGGAGGCAGUUGAGAUCUUAUGCAUCUGUAACAGAGGAAGUUCUCUGUGAUCUGAUGAAUGAAGAGAGAUUGGACCAAGUUUACUAA